AUGCAUCAUCCCUGGUCUUACGUAUCCGCCAUUUCCAUCUUCAAGGACAACCCCAUCGCUUGGAUCUUCGAAUGGCCCACCAGCCACAUAUCAUCCCAUGAGAUGUAUUGGCUUCUAAUUGAUGUUGGUCAUAUGGGAAAUCCAGCAAAUGCCCCUGCAGAUUCACAAGCCUACACCCUCGCGACAGCGAAGAACAAGGCGUGCCCUUUUGGCCAGGUUAUCGACGAGGUUGUAGAAUGCGAGAGGGCCAAAUAUUCAAACUCAUAUAACCCUCCAGAUGAAGAUAAAGUGCCUCUGGAGGACGAAAUAAUAGAAAAGAUUGAGGACGAUGUUAUCCAAAACGGGGGAGAUGCGAACCCUCCUAUUCCACCAGAAAUGAGGAUAACGUCUGCAUUCUUCCUUGCCCAGCAGAAUAAUGACUGUGACCAAUUUACAGAUGUGAAUGGAAAGGGCUUUUUCGAUCUUGAAAUUAUCAAGCUCUUGAUUCUUUACGACGAAAUGGAACCUGUGCUACGUGAAUGUGCCCAUGAGGAAAUGGGCAUCGACACUUGA